AUGGAACUCAACCGAGAACAUUUUCGCGCCAUAAUUUAUUACAACUUUCAGAGACAAUUAUCGCAACAAGAAUGCCUUGCUGAGUUACUGUCUGUUUUCGGAAACCAAGCGCCACAUCAGUCGACAAUUUCCCGUUGGUAUGGAGAAUUCAAACGUGGACGGGUGAGUUCUAGCGACGAUCCCAGGGUGGGUGCACCAAAAACAGCAGUCAACCAGGAAAACGUCGAUGCUGUGCGCAAACCUAUCAUUGAAGAUAGACAUGUGACAUAUCGCGAGAUUGAGGCGUCCUUGAAGAUCUCAAAUACCUCAAUUCAAAAAAUUGUACAUGACGAAUUAGGAGUAAGAAAAUCAGUUUCUCGUUGGAUACCCCACCUGUUGACUGAACAGCAGAAAGCAGCCAGGUUAAUUGGUGUCAAAAAACGCUUGGCCGUUUCAAUUCCGGAAACUCAAAAAAUGUACAGCAUUGUUAGUGGUGAUGAAUCGUGGAUUUACUGUUAUGAACCAGAAAAUAAACGACAGUCGGGUGUUUGGGUUGUUUCGAAAAAUAUGGUCGCGACAUUUGUGUCAAAAGCGGGUCAUAUUGCAACAAUUCCUCUUAAUCAGCAAAGAACUGUUACUGCGGAUUGGUAUACCACCAUUUGUUUGCCAAAAGUCAUCACCGAGCUUCGAAAAAUCAACCCCGCAAGAAGAAUCACCGUCCACCAAGACAAUGCAAUUUCUCGUUGGAUACCCCACCUGUUGACUGAACAGCAGAAAGCAGCCAGCAUUGUUAGUGGUGAUGAAUCGUGGAUUUACUGUUAUGAACCAGAAAAUAAACGACAUGUUUCGAAAAAUAUGGUCGCGACAUUUGUGUCAAAAGCGGGUCAUAUUGCAACAAUUCCUCUUAAUCAGCAAAGAACUGUUACUGCGGAUUGGUAUACCACCAUUUGUUUGCCAAAAGUCAUCACCGAGCUUCGAAAAAUCAACCCCGCAAGAAGAAUCACCGUCCACCAAGACAAUGCAAGUUCGCACACCGCCCAAAAAACAAGGCAGUAUUUAACGGAAGAAAACGUGGAAUUACUGGACAAUCCUCCAUAUAAUCCCGAUCUAAGUCCUACCGAUUUCUUUACUUCCCCGAAAAUUAAAAACAGACUGCGUGGUCAAAGGUUCCAGUCACCAGAAGAAGCAGUUGACGCAUUCAAAAAUGCCAUUUUGGAUCUGCCAGCAAACGAGUGGAAUAAGUGCUUCGAAAAUUUUUUAGAGCGCAUGCAGAUGUGUAUUAAUCUUCGUGGAGAAUACUUCGAAAAACAAUAAAGUCAUUUAAAACUACCUACCGUGUUGUUUUAUUUCCAUAUGCAAAACUUAAAAUACAUCCCUCG